AGGCAGAAGAGAAGGAGCACUGAGAAAUCAAAGGAUGAAGAGACAGAAGCCGCAAAGAAAGUGGAGUCCUCUGAACCUGCAGCUCAGGAAGCUGACUCUUCUACCCCCGCUGACCCUGAACCCCCAUCACAGGAGCCUGAAGAAUCUAAACCCCCUGCUGAAGAAACGGAGGGUGCCAAACCCCCGGCUGAGGAGGAGGCGGCUUCAAAGGAACAGCCCGAGGGGCAGGAUGCCAAAGCUGCGGAUGAGGAAGCUGAGCCAAUGGAGGGCGAAGAAGAGGGAGAAGGCGCUGAAUCUGAGGAUGGCGAGGAGAACGAAGGAUCAGAAGAGAAGGAGAAUGAUGAGGAAGAUGUCGGCAAUCUGCAACUAGCCUGGGAGAUGCUGGACCUUUCCAAGGUUAUAUUCAAGAGGCAGGAGAACAAGGAAUCCCAGCUGAAGGCAGCACAAGCUCAUCUGAAGCUGGGAGAAGUCAGCAUAGAAUCAGAGAACUACAGUCAGGCAGUAGAUGAUUUCCUCGCAUGUCUGAACAUCCAGAAAGGGCACUUAGAAGAGCAUGACCGACUCCUUGCGGAGACCCACUACCAGCUCGGCCUGGCCUACCAGUACAGCAGCAAGCAUGACAGCGCCAUAUCCCACUUCACCCAGUCCACCGAGGCCAUAGAGAAGAGAGUGGCUCUGCUCACAGAACAAUUGGAGAAGGCUGCCAGCGAAUCCACCGAGGAACUUCAGAAGGAGAUGGAUGAAUUGAAGGGACUCCUUCCAGAUAUCAAGGAGAAGAUCGAAGACUCCAAAGAAGCACAGAAAACUGCAGAAGCAACAGAAAAGGCACUUAAAGAGACUUUGAUUGGAGGGUUAUCUGGCUUCUCCCAAGAGAACGGAGGAACUUCAUCGUCAUCGGCCGUGCCUGCAUCGGCUGCUCCAGCAGAGAAGAGUGGGGACAGCACUGUACCCGUUACCAACUGCGUCUCUGACAUCUCACAUCUCGUGAGGAAGAAGAGGAAACCGGAGGAGGAAAGUCCACUGAAAGAAGCCAAGAAAUCCAAGGCUGAGCCUGUAGAGAACGGAGCUGAGAAUGGGGAUGCUGUGGUGCCCACAAAUGAGGAAGUUGAGAAGGCAGAAGAGGCAGAGAAGCAGACACCAAUGGAGACCACAGCAGUGGAGAGUACUGCAUGA